AUGUCGAGACCACCGUCUCGUCGCGCUUCGGCCUCUCCCAUCAAUGCUCAGGCUUCCCCCUCGUCCGCUGCCAGUCCUGCCCAAGAAUCACAAGGUCAAGAUGUGGAACAGUGGAAUCCCCGUCCCUCUGUUCGUCCAACAUGGAUCCCUCUUGGCCCUAGCCAGACAACCAUCAGCAUCUUCACUGGCAAGACCGAUCCACCAGGGGCCCGUAGCUCAUCACUCAAAUCUACGCGAUCCGACGAUGGUGCUACCAUGAGUCCUGGUUCCAUCAACCGCGUCUUCCCCAUCCGCUCCGCGGUAUCCAUCGAUCCUACCGCCACUCCCAUAGUCUUCCAGGAGUCAUCUACUGGAUAUCCUGGCUUCGACACUGCCUCGCAGCGACGCUCUAGUAGAGCAGGUGGCUCCACUUCAUCACGCACUGGCGGUUUUGGAGAUCCCGAGGGUCGGCCCACUGAUACCACUAGUGAGCCACGCUCGCGAUCUCGUAUGUCAAAUUCGGAUCCCAUCUUGACUGACUCGGAACGGCCUAAUAUGGCAGAUACUCUGAACUCCCUUGCCGCUAUCACAGCAGACGAUGCCUCGCAGAAGUCAGAAAACGUCUCAAUCGCAUCCGCUGCGGCCUCUAUUCGAUCCCUACCAGAAACUCCACUGGUCACUGCUCGUUUCAAACACGUGGUUACCGAUGGAGGCCAUGCUAUCAUCACUGGUCGCGGUGGAGAAACCCUUCAACGCUGCGAGGAUGAACCCAUUCAUAUCCCGGGCGCCGUUCAGAGCUUUGGCCUGCUUGUUGUGCUCAAGGAAGAUGGCGACAAACUGGUCGUUCGGGUUGUUAGCGAAAAUUCUCGUCAAAUCAUUGGUUAUACGCCUCAACAACUUUUCAAGCUAGAUAGCUUCCUGGACAUCUUUACCGAAGAACAGGCUGACAAUCUCAUGGAUCAUCUCGAUUUCAUCCGCGAUGAAAAUGCCGAUGACAUCGAGGCCAACGGCCCCGAGGUCUUUAUAUUGAACGUACGCCCGCCUGGCCAUCGGACACGCAAGCUGUGGUGUGCCAUGCACCUGUCGGAAAGUGACCGAAAUCAGAUCAUCUGUGAAUUUGAGAUUGAAGAUGACGCCACCAAUCCCUUGAUUCCUGCAAGCGACCCCGAUACUCCAGACGUCCCGGAGAAUACACUCGACAGUGCUCCAACCCGGGAAGAAUACAAUGACAGCACUGUUAAUAUCAGUAGGCCUCUUCGAGUCUUGAGAGGUGCCCGCAAGAAGAGAUCAGAAGCUGCCGCAAUGGAAGUCUUCAACAUCAUGUCUCAGGUACAGGAGCAGCUUUCCAGUGCAACAACCCUGACCGUUUUCCUAAAAGUUCUCAUUGGUAUUGUCAAGGAGCUGACAGGCUUCCAUCGUGUCAUGAUAUACCAAUUCGAUCAAGCUUGGAAUGGUCGUGUUGUCGCUGAGCUCGUAGACCCACGCGCCACCAAGGAUUUGUACAAGGGGCUCAACUUCCCAGCCUCGGAUAUUCCAAAGCAAGCGAGAGAUCUGUACAGAAUCAACAAAGUACGCUUGCUGUAUGACCGCGACCAGGAAACGGCUCGACUGGUGUGCCGCACCAUUGAUGACCUUGAGACUCCCGUUGACCUGACCCACGCAAACUUGCGCGCCAUGUCUCCAAUUCACCUGAAAUAUUUAGCCAAUAUGGCUGUGCGUUCGUCCAUGUCCAUUUCAAUAAAUGCCUUCAACGAACUUUGGGGCUUGAUUGCCUGCCACUCCUACGGCGAGAGAGGGAUGAGAGUCUCCUUUCCCAUUCGAAAAAUGUGUCGCUUGGUCGGCGACACUGCAUCUCGCAAUAUUGAAAGACUUUCCUACGCCUCACGCCUGCAGGCUCGUAAGCUAAUUAACACUACUUCAUCGAGCAACAAUCCUUCAGGCUAUAUCAUCGCGUCUUCUGACGAUCUCUUGAAACUUUUCAAUGCGGAUCUCGGAGCCCUCUCAAUUCGUGAUGAGACAAAGGUAUUAGGAAAUCCCAGAGGCCAUCUGCAGGAGGUUCUCGCCAUGGUGGAGUUCCUCCGAAUGAGAAAGGUCACCUCCGUGUUUUCUUCCCAGGAUAUCCGUACAGAUCUCCCGGACCUACAAUACGAUCCUGGUCUGAAGCAUCUGGCUGGAUUAUUAUUCGUGCCUCUCUCAAGUGGAGGUAGCGAUUUCAUCGUGUUUUUCCGCCAAGGCGUGUUGCAGGAAGUCAAGUGGGCUGGGAAUCCCUAUGAAAAGUUUGUCAAACAGGGAACCGAAGGCUACCUAGAGCCCCGAAAGAGCUUCAAAUCUUGGAGCGAAACCGUUGUCGGUAGAUGCCGUGAUUGGACCGACGAUGAAAUGGAAACGGCGGCUGUUCUCUGUCUAGUCUACGGCAAGUUCAUCGACGUUUGGCGUCAAAAAGAGGCGGCUCUUCAAACCAGUCAACUGACGCGUCUUUUGCUCGCCAACUCUGCUCACGAGGUUCGAACCCCACUAAACGCUAUCAUCAACUACCUGGAGAUCGCUAUGGAAGGAACUCUAGACACCGAGACGCGCGAAAACCUGGCGAAAUCUCACUCGGCUUCAAAGUCCUUGGUGUACGUGAUCAACGACUUACUUGAUCUUACCAAGGCUGAGGGUGGGCAGUCCCUGGUCAAAGACGAGCCCUUUGAUCUAGUCCAAGCGUUGAAAGAGGCGACCGAUCCUUUCGUUGGAGAAUCGAAGCGUAAAAACUUGCAGUAUGAUGUUACGCUUGCGGAGGACUUGCCUGCCAAAGUUAUUGGUGAUCACCGCCGAGUUAGGCAGGUGGUGUCUAAUCUGAUUGCAAAUGCAGUUCAGCAUACUUCGGAAGGAAAGGUUUCAGUCGGAGCAGCAGUGGCUGCGACCCCGCCCGGGAAAGUCGAAGUCGAAAUUGUUGUUGAGGAUACAGGGAAAGGUAUGACACCUGUCAAAGUAGAUGCUCUCUUUCGCGAGCUCGAGGAAGUGUCCUACGAAGAAGAUCUCCCGGGUCAACAACCCCUGGUUGCCCAGGACCCCUUCACGGAACAAAACAAUGCAGAGCAGAUGCUUGGCUUAGGACUUGCACUCGUCGCUCGUACAGUUCGUCAUAUGAACGGUCAGUUAAGGCUCCGGACCGAAGAAUCCAAGGGCUCAUGUUUUACCAUCGUCCUGAGCUUUGGCAUAACGAGUCAUGGGACCACAGUGGUGGAAAGACAGCCUCCCCUGACCGCUACUGCAAAACCAACAACACCAAAAUCUAUAGAGAACGAGGUCACUUUGGUCUACCGAGCACCACAGGCCCGCUCUUCCGCACCACCAUCCAUUUCUCGGAGACAUAGUGGAGACAGUAUCACAAGCCUCAAGAGUGGGAGGAGCGGCAAAAGUGGUACCAGUUUGCAAAGCGACAUCAGUCAAAAGAGUGAUGCGGAUAGGCUCAUCGACGCAAUUCAAGAACCUCUUCGAUUGUUCGGUGAGGCAUCUCCGAGCACGGAUACCCCUGGACAUGCAAAACGUGCAUCAUUCGAUCUCGGCACGACUGCAUUGUCGCCUUCACGAAAGUCCUCCUCUUCGAGCAAAGCUUUGAGUUAUCCCUCCCCUCGAGAUCUCAAAUCAUCCCUUCAUUCGCAAGGAUCGAAAAAAGUGACUGAUUCGGGCAUGCCGCUCAGGCCUGUCCGGGUGGCCGAGGACGACAUAGACACUCCCACAGCUUCGUCCAGACCUAAGGUUGCUUUUUCUGAAGAGCCGGACAGUAUCAGUGCGCCGUCUGACACCACCGAUGGGGAGUCCAUCCUCCCACCUGACGGCUAUUCUGUUUUGGUUGCAGAAGACGAUCCUAUCAAUAGUCGAAUCAUGAAGAAACGUUUAGAAAAAUUGGGGCACUCGACUUAUAUGACUGUGAAUGGCGAAGAAUGCGCUUCUGCGCACGGGGAGCAGCCCACACACUUUGAUGCAGUCUUGAUGGACCUGCAAAUGCCAAUCGUGGAUGGUUUCACUUCUACCAAAAUGAUUCGUUCCUUUGAGAAAACUCAUCCGAAGUCCUGCUUAUCGAGCCGCGCCCAGCUAAAUGGCCGAAUACCAAUAUUUGCGGUUUCAGCUUCACUUGUGGAGGCAAAGCGCCAAGAAUACAUUGAUAGUGGCUUUGAUGGUUGGAUACUAAAGCCAGUUGACUUCAAAAGAGUUGGUCUUAUACUUGACAGUAUUGUCAACGAGGAGUCCCGGAACUCCUGCCUUUACGAACCUGGGCAUUGGGAACUGGGCGGUUGGUUCCUGCCAAAGUCCAAGCAGCCGGAUUUUUAUGACGUCGACACAACCCCAAACCAGGAAUCAUCUGCCUUUGAAUUUGACAAGCCUUAUGAUGAAUAA